GUCUCUGAUAAAAAGGCCGUCAUAUUAAAAAUUGCAAAACUGACGUACAACUUGAUUAUCGAGCAUCAUUGCGACACGGAAAUAAGCCUUGGGAAUUGAUAAAAUAAACGAUUUAACGCGUUGUCGCGCACGCUCCUCGAACGAUAAUCAAACCGACCAGCUACACCGUUGAUAAGCGAUAAUUCAGAAGCAUGUUACGCAUAUAAUGUGUAUACGAAGCGGGUUAGAUGACAGUGACUAAUGAGGCGGUCGCACGUUAAUUACCAUGAAGCCAGACUUUCAAUUGGUGGUUCAGGAGGAGGAGGACACCGUGCCAGUGCCUGAAAAGCCUGAAUGGCAGGCACUCUCCAAGGAGGAUACUUCAAUGUCUGGGCUCGUCGGAUCUCUACGCGGCUUGGAGGACAAUUCUGGGAACGCAGGGCAACCGUAUCGUAGGAACAGCCUCGCUCUGUCUCUACACUCGAAUUUGGCCGCUUUUCCGCUAUCCAAUAACCAAGAAGUCUCGCCUUUUCACGUGGUUGAUUCGGCGCGAAGAAGGUUCAGCAAUGUCAGCGACGUUGUUUCCAGAAAGAUCUCUCAUACGAUUCGAUGGAGAACGGUUUCGGCUUCGAUCGAACUCACAGUAUCACAGGGAUCAUCAUUGUGCGCUCAAUACAUUCGUAAUCGUCUGAAACGAUGUGGAAUCUUUCAUCGGAAGCUUGGAUUGAAAAGGAUGAGAAGUGCCAUGCUGCUUCCUGGAGGGGCAGUUGUCGGAGAAGUUUAUCCAGAGUUAGUGUCAGUUGGAGCUGAACUAGAGAAGAUGCAUCCAAAUUUGUUCAAUCGUGUUGCACGGCAAAUCGGCUGUGGUAGCUUCUCGUCAGAACAGUCCGUCAGCGAGGCCGUCGUCGAUAUCUCCAGGGAAAUGAUCAGGAAUGGAGAGAUGACUUGGAGUAAAGUGAUAGCCCUUUACGCGGUUGCUGGUGGUAUUGCUGUAGAUUGCGUACGUCAGGGCAAACCUGAAUAUCUACCUGCUGUACAAAGAGGUAUGACGGAUGUUUUAGAAGAGGAUCUUGCUGCAUGGAUACAAGCUAACGGUGGAUGGACUACUCUAGUAACGCGAUACAGACCUGCGACGAAAGAAACAACGUGGUACUCACGAAAACUUAUAUUCCUGUUUCUAUUCGCCAUGUUGUUCGUUUUUAUGAUCUCUGUAUUUUUAAAACUUCUAAUUUUAUAACGUAUUUCAAAUAUAACUGCAUAAAAUAUAAUUUACACUCUAUAGUACUUAAAUGCAAACCAUCAUUCAUGUAAGAUAUUUGUAAAUCAUCAUAAAAAUUAAAAACUUUGCUCAACUGAGAUAUUUUGAAACACAG